AUGAAGGAGCAGACUGGUUACGGAAAUGGGGCACUAUCUAUCCUAAACUUUUCAGGAUCAGGUUUUCAUCUAAAAAAUUAUUACAGAAUCGGACCAUACAACUUUGUUGCAACAUCACAUCCCAAGUCUAUCCGAGCAUUGCUUAAAGAUAAGCCAGAAAAGACGUGGCUUUACAGAUUCGGGAUUGAUUGGUUGGGAGAUGGGCUUCUCUUUUCAAAAGGGAAAAAGUGGUUUACUAGGCGGAAAAUGAUGACUCCCUCUUUUCAUUUUGACUUGCUGAAAAGUUAUCUCGACAUUUUCAAUGAUACCACGAACGUAAUGGUCGACCAGAUUAGAGAAAAUGGUCAGGAGCCAGUCGAGAUCUUCCCCAAGGCAUUGGCUAUGACUUUGGACACAAUUCUAAGAUGUCUUGUACAUUAUGAGACAAACUGCCAAACUCAAUAUGAUGAAUACGCCGCAAUUAUGUAUCGGAUGACCAUAAUAAUAGCUAAAAGAAUAUUUGACCCAAUGAAGUACCCCAAUAAACUCUUUCACAAUACAACAUUGGGCGCUGAAUAUCUACAACUCAAAGAUAAGUUUUACGAAAUUAGUAGAAAAAUCAUACAAGAUCGAAAAUAUGCUCAUCUGAAAAACCCAGAUAUACUGAAGGACACCAAGAAUCUCAGCUUCCUGGAUAUGCUACUAACUGUCAAAUAUGACGAUGGUUCAAACCUUACAAUGGAGGAUAUCCUGGAGGAAACAAAUGUUUUUAUAUUUGAAGGACACGAUACCACGGCCGCUGGGAUUAGUUGGAGUUUGUUCCAACUGUCUCAGCAACCAGAGCAUAUGGCCAAAUGUUACGAAGAAAUUAAAGAGGUCUUUGAUGACGAUAGUGGCGAUCAAUAUGUAACUCAGCAGCAGAUCAACCAUUUGACUCAUUUUUCAUGUGCAUCAAGGAAUGGCUCUAGGGCUGCAAAAAAAUUGUACAUUGUGGAAAAAUACAUAACCUCAGACGGACAGCGGCUACCUAAAGGAACAAAUGUUGGAAUUCUGAUAGAUGCGUUGCAUCGGGUGGAAGAGUUCUGGGAUGAACCAAAUGAAUUUCGACCAGAACGUUUUAGUCCAGAGAAUUCUAAAAACCGUGAUCCUUACAGCUACAUCCCCUUCAGUGCAGGUAACCGCAACUGUAUUGGACAGAACUUUGCCAUCACAGAAUUGAAAAUGGCCGUGGCAAAGCUAAUCUACAACUUUGAAGUGGUAGCUCAUCAACCGGAGAGGGUGACACGUAUUAGUACAGGGAUAAUGAAACCUAUAAACUUGUACUUGAAGUUCAUUCCACGGCAAAACAGCAACUGAUGGGACAAAAUGUACUUAACAAUUAUUAUGUUUUUUGUACGGUUAAGCAAGGAUAAUAAUUGUAUAAUGUAUUAUUUGUCCAGGCUUAAUUUGAUUAAAGGGAUUACGGAACAUCAACUAUUUAAUUAUAAGAAUAUUCAACGACUUUUAAACACGCUUUAUGUUUGUGGUAGCAAAUCGAAUCUCUACACUUUUAGUUACUACCAAACCGUUUAGUCAUAACAUAAUCAGAUUUCGCAUAUUCCAAUUCUUAUCUAAAUUGUCAUUGUAUACCUAUGUAUAAUUUCAUUAGUAUGUGCCAUUUGAGUAACCGUUUCAAGUCCCAAAUUAUUCCGCAGAUUCCAGUGUUCUCCUUGUUGCUGGGUCU